AUGGAUCGGAAACGGACGCUCUCGGGAGAGAAGCAAUACCCGUGCGACGUGUGCGACAAAUCGUUCAGCCACAAUAGCCAUCGGACGGUCCACAGACGAACGCAUACGGGAGAGAAGCCGUACACUUGCGACGUGUGCGGCAAAUCGUUCAGCCACAAUAGCCCGCUGACGGUUCACAGGCGGACGCACACGGGAGAGAAGCCGUACCCGUGUGACGUGUGCGACAAAUCGUUCGCCAGCCACCAUAAUAUGAUGGUCCACAGACGAACGCACACGGGAGAGAAACCAUACCCGUGCGACGUGUGCGAAAAAUCGUUCACUAACGGCUAUAGCCUGACGGUUCACCGACGGACACACACGGGAGAGAAACCCUACCCGUGUGACACGUGCGACAAAUCGUUCACCAGCGGCAAUAGUCUGACGGUCCACAGACGAACGCAUACGGGAGAGAAGCCAUACCUGUGCGCCGUGUGCGACAAAUCGUUCCGCCAAAAUGGCCACCUAAUAGGUCACAAGAGGGUGCACGCUAGAGAGGAGCCACACUGA